AUGGAAAAGUCUGAAUCCUGUCCUGAAUGCUUGAUGAUGGAGACUAAAGGACUGCUCCUGAAUGAGACAGUAGGAAUGAGCUAUUUCAUUCCCAUGGAAACAGGAAAUCAAACACGUGUUCCAGAAUUUCUCCUCCUGGGAUUUUCAACAAAGUCAGAGAUUCAGUUCAUUCCCUUCGGGCUGUUCCUGUCCAUGUACCUGGUCACCAUCAUCGGGAACCUACUCAUUAUCCUGGCCAUAAGCUCAGACUCCUACCUGCACACACCCAUGUACUUCUUCCUCUCCAACCUGUCCUUCACUGACAUCUGUUUCACCUCCACCACCAUCCCAAAGAUGCUGGUGAACAUCCAGACACAGAGCAAGGUCAUCACUUAUGCAGGCUGCCUAACUCAGAUAUUCGUUUUCAUUGUGUUUGGGUUCCUGGACAAUUUAAUCUUGUCCGUGAUGGCCUAUGACCGCUUCGUGGCCAUCUACUACACAGUCAUUAUGAAUACCCAGUUCUGUGGGCUGCUGAUUCUCAGAGCCUGGUGCAUUAGUGUCAUGGGCUCCCUUCUUAAGACCUUGACCAUUUUGAGGCUGUCCUUCACAAACAUAGAAAUCCCACACUUCUUUUGUGAUCUUCCCAAAGUCCUGAAGCUCGCCUGUUCUGACAUCCUCAUCAAUAACGUAGUGGUGUACUGUGCAACAGGCCUUUUGGCUGUGAUUCCUUUCAGUGGGAUACUUUUCUCUUACUAUCAAAUUGUUUCCUCCAUCCUGAGAAUUUCAUCCACUGGGGGAAAGUACAGAGCCUUCUCCACCUGUGCGUCUCACCUCUUGGUGGUGUCCCUGUUCUAUGGUGUUUUCCUUGCCACAAAGUUAGAUGAUUUUGCCAUUAAACUGUAA